CGAGUAAAUACCUCCGGCCCAAAUUUCCCACUCCACUCCAGUCCCCUCCAUUCCAUUUCUGGUUUUCCACUUCUCCACACCUUGUUCAUUGUUGUUCGAAGCGAAGAAGCUCCACGAACUGCGAAAAAUGGCUACUGCCCUAGCUCGAAUCUCUCGCAAGGCCCUAGCGGCUUCUCUCUCUCAGCACCGCCAGCUCAUCGUCCGUGCCGUCGCCACUGAGGCGGCAUCGUCGAGAACGAUCAGUCCGUCGCCGGAUCAAGUGAAAUGGGAUUACCGAGGUCAGCGGCAGAUAAUCCCGCUGGGCCAGUGGCUCCCCAAGAUCGCCGUCGACGCCUACGUUGCACCCAACGUCGUCCUCGCCGGUCAGGUUAAGGUUUGUGACGGAGCCUCUGUGUGGAAUGGCUCGGUACUCCGGGGCGAUCUCAACAAGAUCACUGUCGGAUUCUGCUCCAACGUUCAGGAGCGGUGUGUCCUUCAUGCCGCCUGGAAUUCUCCAACAGGACUGCCGGCCGAGACAUCAAUUGAUAGGUUUGUAACCGUUGGGGCAUACUCUCUGUUGAGAUCAUGUACAAUUGAGCCAGAAUGCAUCAUUGGGCAGCAUUCUAUCCUCAUGGAAGGCUCUCUGGUGGAGACGCACUCCAUUCUUGAAGCUGGCUCGGUUGUUCCCCCGGGGAGGAGAAUCCCGACAGGCGAACUUUGGGCUGGAAAUCCGGCGAGGUUUGUCCGGACUUUGACUCACGAAGAGACGCUGGAAAUUCCUAAGCUCGCCGUGGCAAUCAACGAUCUAAGCAAUAGCUACUUCUCAGAGUUUCUGCCCUAUUCCACUGUUUACUUAGAAGUGGAGAAGCUGAAGAAGAAGUUGGGGAUCUCUAUCUGAAGAUUGUUUCCCUUUGGCUUGUAAUGCUCUCCAUUUUUGGUAUCCCAGUUUAUCUUGCUUGGGAAUAAACAGCUCUUGAACGCUACUCGUGGCUGUUGAUUUGUGUUCCUUCUUCAUUGUCCCCAAGGUUUGUGGGUUUUAACUUUUCACCAAUGGAGCUGGGAGGGAAUCUGAAUAUAUAUUUGUCGCUGAUUUAUCAAACUUCAUUCCUUUUGUGAAGAGCAGUAAUUCGGCUAGGUUCCCAUAAAAAGUGGCAUAGGCCUUCGCAAGGAGGUAAACUCGUGGAUGCUUCACCAUGAACUCGUCCACAUCUUGGACACAGCUUGCUCCUUAUUCUUCAAUUUGCCU